AUGUGUCUCUCAUUUUCUCUUUUCUUCCAUCAUUCCAUUCUGCUGUCUCUGGUUUUAUCUUUUCUUUCCUUCAAUCUCUAUCUAUCUAUCUAUCUAUCUAUCUAUCUAUCUAUCUAUCUAUCUAUCUCCCAUUUAUCUUGUCUUUCUCCCAUUUUCUCUGUUCGUUUCCUCUGUUCGUUUCGCUCUAUUGAUCCCUCCCUCUCUCUCUCUACAAGAACACGGAAAUGCGAAAGAAAGAGAGAGAAAAGCGAAGAGAGUGCUCUUUGCUUUUCUCUCUCUCUUUCUUUCACAUUCCCGUGUUUUUUUUUUGGGGGGGGGUACUCUCUGUUUCGCUAUCUUUCAUUUUAUUUUUGUUACUGUCUCUUUCACACAUAUACAGACACACACACACACACUGCCACCCUCUCUCUCUCUUAUUCUAUCUCUUUCUUGCUCCUUACAUCUCAAGGCUUUCUGUCUUUCUCUGUCUAG